AUGCUAGAGCUCCAAAGGGACUCCAGAAGGACCAUCAAGAUGGAAGAACUCUUCAUGUUAUUGUUUAUAUGCGUAACAGCUGUUAUUGUAUACAAUCAAUCAUAUAGGUUCCUUUGGUACAAGUUAGAGAAACUGUUUGAGUUAACUCCAAUAUCAUUAAAUGCCUCUGAACCGGACCCUACAUUGAUCACUCUCCAAAAACGGAAGUCCAAAAUGGUCGUUCUCAAGCCAUAUAUUGAAUAUUUAGGAUCAUUUUCCAGUAUUUCAAACAUAAUAAGAGUCAUUGUAUCUGCUACUUUUGCUUUAUGUGUUGUCGCAGUCGAAAUUGUACUUUGGCAAAUCAAGACAGCGGAAAGUCAACAAGCUGGAGACAUCAUCACGGAGGUAAUAUGGCCUAUCACCUCUAUGCUUUUAUCAGCAUCAUUAAUUAUGAUUCAGCCACUUUGCAUAUUGAUCAUUUUUGUAUACAAGUUUCUGGAACGCAGCAGGGAUAUCUCAGAAGUGGUAUUUUUGGGCAGUUUAUGUACUAUUCUAUGUGUUGUACUUCUGGCAAGUGUUAAUUGCGGUCCAUUCUACUACACCAGAAAUUUAUUGACAAGGCUUUCGAUAGUGGGGGUCACUAUGAUGGGUGCUUUAUCUGGUAUAGCAUCUAUAUCUACACCAUAUUAUGUUACAAUGUACUUUUUGAAGAACAAAGAAACAACUGUAUUAAACAAUGCCUAUAAUGGAGUCGGCCUAAUGUUUACCAACAAUUCUGGUCUGCAUGAUAAACUAAAUGAUUAUAAACAUGGUGUAGAAGAAAACUUUGCAGUUAUACAAACACUAAAACAAAAUGACGAUAGGGAUGUUCUUAUUUUAAAGGAUCAACUGGUGGAAAAGAUUAGCUGGUAUCAAUUGGAAAUGGCAAAACUGAAACAAAGAAUAGAGGAACCUCAGCUGCUCACUAUGACAAAAAGAUUUUUCCAAAUAGGAUUCCUAGUUUAUUGUGUCUACAGAUUAAUCACAACGCUUUUGGUUCGAAUUCCUCGCAUAUUAUUUCAUGUAAUCAAAUACCCAUCAGAUUAUGACUAUGAGUUCUUCCUAGGAAAUGAAGAAAACGACUCAGGUCCAGGAGACCCACUAACAGUUACUCUUGCAAAUAUAUUAGACUUCGUCAUUUUCAGAUUCAAACAAGAAGAAGAGUUAGAUUCUCUGAUCAGACAACUUUCAUUAAUACUUUCUAUUUCAUUUUUUAUUUGUUCGCUGUCGACGGUUACAACAACUAUCUCAUAUCUAUUGACUUUAUUACCUUUAAAAAUACAAAAAUUCGCAUUAACCACUUUAAAUGAGAACGAAGGAAGCAGUUUACCAGUUCAUAAUAAUGUGAAGAAAAAACCUCUUUACCAGAACCCCCCUUCUAUAUUAAAAAAUCUGGUUGUUUCUGAGUUAACAGGGGUGUAUAUAUUAUCCACAAUUUUGAUGAUUCGUUCAAAUCUGCCGUUUGAUCUCUCGAAGAAAUUGAAUGAACUAUUAGGCAAAAAAUUCACUGUCCCAAAUAUUGCAAUUGACAUUUGGUUUGAUGAAAUAUUUGCCUCCAGCUCUGUACUGACUCUGAUUGGUAUUCUUAUAGUGGAUUAUAUCAGGAAAUCGAAAUAG